UUUCUGUGCUUAGGUGUCAUUGCUUGGCUGGUAUAUCCGAUUUGUUUUAUUGACGGUAAAUUGGCAACUGAAGACUCUGCCCAGUACAUCUCCUAGCUUUUCUUUAAUCCUUGUCUAACAGAUAGCCUGGUACAUCUUUUCCUUUCCUGGGAAAUCAAAGAAAUGCAACAUUGCUGGCCGUUUUCAUGGCAUCUGGCUCGUGGAUUAAUGAUCAUAUCCAUGGAUGAUCUGAGUUAUUAUUCUUAAAGCUCCUUGUUGUGCACUCGAAUGAUCAUUGCUCUUACCCAGAUUUCACAGCUCUGGAGCCACAUAUAAUUAUGAAGUCAAGUAACUUCCUGUGUUUGUGGCCCUGCCUAUCACACAAUUGAAUCCCCAUCAGGGACAACUAAGUUUCUGGAAUGUAGGCUUACCCACCAACCCUAUAUUGUUAUUGUAUUAUAUAUACUUGGCUCAAUAGCUUCGUUGUUUUGUGAUUUCUGUGCUAAGUUGUCAUUGCUGGUUUUUGUCUUUUAGCCUAGAAACUUUGCUGUUAGGUGAAGGAUAAAAUAUGUUGCGUGGUGUGUUGACAAGUUCGUUCUUUUUCCUACUAGUGAUGUUCCACCUAUCCUCUUAUGUGUAAUACUACUGACAGGUGACUUGUUCAGAUUGUCACUGUCCGGACCACCUAAAAACGAGCCUCUGCCAAUUUGUGAUACUCAUCCUCCACUUGUUUCGGUUCUGCUAAAUUGCCAUUAUGUUACUCUUGUGAAAGCACGAAAUUUGAGUCGCUUCCGUUUUGACUCACCUAACCCCAAAGUAUCUUAUCAUCGGACGAAAAUUCUACAGCAAAAAUACUUUUCUUCUCAAAUCACAACAUCGGACCCCUUAAAGCCUUCACCAAGGCCGAAAACCACACUUGAAGGCAUGCAUCAUUUUGCUGCAUCAAGAUGGCGCUUCUCAUUGCUUCUCUCCUCAACUGGAACAUUAUAUGAAAACCGAAAUCAUCUCUGCAUAAAGACUGCUACUGCAGCAGCUUUACUCUGCGCCGUUUGUCUCCAGAACUUUUGCAUCUCGCAUCUGUGAUACCAGCACAUGUUGGUUUGAAGCUGCCCCUUGGCAUCGCAAGGUCACAACCUCCAGCCAUACACGUACAUGUAGUUCCACCUUGGCGGAAAUCUUCCGAGUUUGCAUGAGCUCUCGCCGAUCAAACCCGAGAGGCUUCGUCGUCUCAAGACUGGAGGCGAUGAAGGAGGCCACCGCCGGCGUCAGCGAAGGUGACGGCCUGGAGUCCAGCGUCUUCUUCUUUGUGGCCGUGACGUCCAGGGCCAAGAAGGACAGGCUAUCGUACUUCCGGUCCAGCGAGGUUGGCGAGGACGCGGAGGCGUCCCGUGCCCUGGCGGCGCUCUGCCUCGACCACGCGCCGGAGCACCACCGAUGGCACCAUCACACCUACGACGGCAGACGCACGUUCGCGGUCCUUGCAGCCGAUGAUGGCCGCACGUACCUCGCCGUCGCGGAGCCCACGCCGGGCAGCUCCGAGGUCGUCCGCUUCCUGGAGCGCGUCCGUGACACGUGCAACGCCAUGCCCAGGAGGAGGCUGCGCGACGAAGCAGUGUCCGGCCUCGUGCGGCAGUUCGCGCAGACGCUUCAGGCCGGGACGAGCUCCUCCGCGGCUGCAAACUCGAUGGUAUUCCCCGGCGACGGUUCAUGGAGCGAGCAUGCUUCCGACAAGGACGAGGAGGCGCAGCCGGAGGACGGGGCGCCACGCAGGCGGCCAGGACGGCCCUCCUGGAGGCGCACGUGGUGGCGGCGGCACGCCAUGGCCGUGAUCGGUGUGGACGUGGUGCUGUGCCUGGUCCUGUUCGGCGUGUGGAUGGCCGUGUGCCAUGGGUUCAGCUGCGUGCAGCGAUGAAGCACAUCAUCUGAGAUCGUGAUUACGUGCAUGUGCAUACUGCCCACGAAGGCCUUCUCCGUCGUCUUAUUGUACUUCACCAACUAGCUAGCAGCUAGCAACUAGCUAGAUCGAUCUAGGAAAGAAACUAAGCUCCGAGCUUAGCUUGUUGCUGCUGCGACGAUUAAUUUAUUUACGUAGUUGCAUGCUAAGAAACACAUCUCAUGCUUCUGUUCAUCGUCAUGUCCAAAUAACAAUUGGCAGAAGGUUGUUGUGAAUUGUCAGUU